CCUCUUGCCUCCUCCUGCUCCCUGGUCAAGGCCAGGGCCCCCGAGGUGGACUUCGAGGGGGCCUCGGCCCGUCGGGUGGCAGUGGCGGCUCGGGAUCUCGCCGUGCCUUCUGCUCCCCCCUCUGCUCCUCCGGCCCUCCCCUCGCCCCUGCUGCUCCGCCCUGGCCCGAGCCGCCGCGAUGAUCGGCGGACUCGCGGCCGGGACCGGCAAAGUGCGGAACCUGUUCUCUUCGUCUGGCAGGGACGGCGCCGUGGAGCUGAUCGAGGAGGAGGGUUGCGGCGGCCCGAGGGGCACGGCCCCAACGGACACGUCGUGGCUCUCCUUCCGCCGGCAGCCCGCGGAGGCCGCCGACGCCGCGCCCGCCGACGGCCCGCGGGCGCCGGGCGCCGGCGCGGCGGAGGCUGGCACGCCGUGGAGCCAGGCGCAGAGCGUCCGGGAGCAGCUGCAGGCAGAGCUGCGGCGCGAGAAGCCCGCGCCGCUCUCCGGCGACCCGCCGGCCAGCCCCGCGGCGCCGGCGGCGGAGGCGGCGGUGGCGUGCAAGGAGCGGCCGCGGGACCGCAGGAAGAAGGAGAAGAAGGAGCGCGAGGACAAGAGUCCCUUCACCCCCGUGCAGAGCCCGCAGCCGGAGCCCGCCAAGGCCCUCGGUGGCUUCGACGCGGCCGCCCCGCACGCCGGGGCGCUGCGGCCAGGGGCGGCGCGGAGCCCACUGCCGGAGCCCGCCAGGCCUUUCGGCGGCUUCGCCGCGGCCGCUCCGAGUGUCGGGCUGCGGCCUGGGGCGGCGCCGGAGACCGGCACCAGCUGGGCGAUGUCGCCCACGGCGCGUGCGGGCCCGUCGCCGGUGGCAGAGGAGCCGAGCCUGUGGCCAGCCCCCGCGAGCCAGUUCGACGAGGCCAUACUCGCGGCGCUGGUGGCCCUCCCCGCGGCCUCGCUGGUGGGCCUGCUGCGGCGGCUGUGGGAGAAGCGCCCUGCCGAGGUGGCCGCCGCGAUCGGCGCCCCCGAGAAGGCCGAGGACCAGCCCGCCCGCCAGAGCCUCAAGGCCACCGGCUUCGAGGAGCUGCAGCCCUGGGCCAGCGGGGGCGCCCCAGCCGACGGCGCCGCUGACGCCGCGUGGGCCUCGCGCCCACCGACGCCCUCGGCGGCCCGCGCGCGGGGCGAGCCGGGC